AUGCCUUAUGGGCCUCUAUUAUAUCCGACGAUUCCUCGAAUAGAACUUGACUUAGAUGAGCCUGAUCAGGUUGUGUAACAUUAAUAAAGUAUGGGUUACGGUGUUUGGACAAAAUAUCAACCUUUUGCAUAGAUUUUAGACUUGAGAAACAGAGACUAGUAAAUAGAUGCUACUUUAAAUAAAUUAAAUAUGAUUUAAGGAGGUUAGUUCAUAUAUUCUAUGAAACAAAAGGAGAACAGCUUUUAACUUUUAGUUGUUUCAUUAGUGGUUGAUUAAUUUGAAUAAAAAUUUCAAUACAGUAUCUACUAUUCCUUCUCUUAAUCAUCCGAUUUGAUUCAAUUCAACACAAACACAAUAAUAGAAGGGUUAUGGAUUCUGUUUUAUGCUUAUUAUGAUAUGCCAUCAAAAGAAACAACAUUUGGACUUUACAAUGUUUAGGAACCAUUACAAACAUAAUAAAUAUAGGAUGUACCUAUAUUUGUGAGUAAAAUUAGACACAACAUUGGUGGGAUCUAUUAAUACAAAAACAAGAAUGGCAUUCUAGUGUAAUUAAAGUAAUUCAUAGGGUAGAUGUCAAAUUUGUUUACAUCAGAUAAUUAGAACAUUCUUUUAAAUUUAGAAUGGUGCGUUAAUCAAUUUAUUAAUUACGAAAUUUGCGAGAAUUAAGAUUAUAAUAUAAGCGAGAAAAAUUAGCAUAUGAAUGGCUUUGAAUUAAUACAGAUGUCAACACAGCCUCUUAAUUUGCCAAUCUAUUUAAUCCAAGGGUGGAUAAAGCUUGACCUACCAGAUGUAAAUUUUCUAGAAACCAUAGUAUUGAGAAUAACCAUUAAUUACAAUUAUAGUGAUGACUCUUAUAUAGGAGACAGGGAUGUUCUAUUGAAAUACUUCCAAAGUAGUAUUCCUGGGGAAAAUGGCUUUGAAAUUUCUACCUACAGUUAUUCAUUUCCAAUAAAAUCAAGAUAUAAGACCUAAGAUGAUGAUAAAAUUUCUGAAUACGGUGAUUAGUAUUCUGCAAUGUUUGUUACAUGGCACUAUUUUUCAUAUGAAAUAGGAACAUUGAAUAAUGAUGGGUAACCAUUAUUUACCCUCUAUUUUCCUUCCAUUAGUUAACACUACAAAUACACCUGGAGCAAACAAAUUUAGCACUUUACAGGAGUAACUUACUACAUAUAUAUCGGAGGUGACAACUAUUCAAAUUCAUAUCUUCGUGGUUAUGUUAGUGAUAUAAUACUCUUUUAAUAUUGCUAGCCUUAAGCUUCUUUGGUUGUAGCAGGUUGUGAUUACUCAUGUCUAGAUUGUGAUGGUCCAACAUCUGUAAAUUGUCUGAGUUGCCAUGAAAAUAGUCAUAGAUAAUAUUCAAAAUCAGAAAACACUUGUAAUUGUCAUGAAGGAUAUGUGGAUGUUAACGGAGAAUAUGAAUGUGUCUCAGUAGCACUAACAUUUUCAUAACUUACGAAAUAAGAAAUUGAAUUGAAUUGCAAUUUAGAAGGUUACAUAAGAUGUGAAGGAUCAAAUGUUGAUUGUAACAAAGGAUAUUUCUUAUUUUAAAACUAAUGUAUUAAAUGUCCAGAGCAGAGCUCCUCAUUAAAAGAAGUUUAUGUCAGUUGUUUUGAUUGUAUUUCUAGUCCAAUUCAUUUUGGCUAAUCAUUGAAAUGUACUAUGGAUGCAAUAACGUUUCACUUUAACUCAUAAUACACAUAUGAGGUAGUCUAAAGGGAUGAGUACCAAGUGAGUUUUUAUGAAAUGCAAAUUUAGGAUGACAAAACAUUUAUAACUAAAUUAUGUGUUGGAUGUAUUGGGAAUUAAUUAUGUAAACCAGGGUACUAUUUUACAGGAGAAAAUUGUUUCAUUUGUUUAAAUUCGAAUUCAUGUGAAAGAUGUUAAAUUGGUUAUUAUCUAGGUAUAUAAAAUCAAUGUAUAAAAUGUCCUAAUUGUAAAGAGUGCUUUUUAUUUGAUAAUUUAUUAUGGUGUAGUACUUGCGAAGAUGGCUAAAUAUUAUAAUACAAUGAAUGUGUAUCAUGUGGUUAAAAUUGCAAUAGUUGCGAUGAAUAAGGAUAUUGCAACUAUUGUAAUGGAGACCCUUCAAAAUAUUACUUAACUUUAGAUGGAAAAAAUUGCAGAGAAUGCAAUAUUGAAAAUUGCAUUUAUUGUUUUGAAUACGUGAUUAUUUCUGGACAAUAUUCUACCACAUUAGAUAUGAAUUUCGAUAUAUUUAAUUUUACCACAAAUUAAGUUACUACUGCUUGUGCUCUUUGCAAAAAACACUAUCACUAUAAUCAAGGAACGAAACAAUGUGAAUUAAAGUCAAAUGACGAUGAUUGUGAAUUUGCACUUAUUUUAGCUUCAACUGCUGAAUAGGUAUGUAUAAUCAGUCUUAAAAACGAUGAUGCUGUUUAAGUUACUUCAUGUUCUUCCCUUCAACAUUGCAAGUAAUGCAUUCAUCAAUACAUUGCGAACGAAUCGUACUGCAUUUAAUGUGAAGAUGGUUACUACUCUGGAGUACUGACUGGACAAUGUCAAUUGUGUAAUAAUAAUUGCAAGACUUGUCUAUAAUAGAAUAGCAUUUAUAAAGACUAUUGGAAAUGGAGUGUAAAAGCAUUCUAUAAAUAAUUCAUUAAUGUUAACAGUGAGAAUUCCUUUGAAGAUUAAGGAUAGGCUAGGGCUUAGUCUGAUCUAGAGAUUAUUUGCACAUCCUGCCAAUUAUCUUACAUUCUUUAUGAAUAAAAAUGCAUUAAGGGAUGUGAAUAGAACUGUAAAUAAUGCGAAAUUAUUGAUGGAAAAGCUACAUGCAUUUAAUGUUAAGAAACUGACUUUGGAUUUCUCAAAAGCAAAGACAUAAAUGGAACAUGUCUUUAGUGUCCUUCCAAUUGCAUUGCCUGCUUGGAAAGAAACCAAGAGGAAAUAUUAGAUAUCAACCCACAUUACAUUUAGAAUGACAAUAACGCAUAAUAUUCCAGAAAAUGUUAUGAAAAAGCAAAAAAGGAGGGCAAGUAUUAUUUUGAUUUCUUAACCUAAACAAUAACAGUUUGUACAAACUACCUACAUUGUUAUACUAAAUAUAUAGUUUAGUAGAAUGUAUUUUGUGAUUUCAUUUAAUACAAACAGCUGCUUGAUGAUAAUAACAAUGAUUAAUUUAAACAAAAGAACAUUUUUUUAGGCGAAUUUUACUAUUCUGAUUAUCUUAAUUCUUUUGAAUCUCAUUUGCUUUAUAAGUAUUUAAACGAAGCUCAAGCAAGAUAUGUGGAAUUCUAAUUUACUAUAAUGUAGGGAAAUCAAACGGAAUGCAUCAUCGAAGCAGAUAUACAAUUUUAUUCACUUUUAUAAUAAAACAUAUUUACAUUAUAAUAGGUUGACAUAACAUUUUAAGGAGGAACUACCCCUACUAUAUUAUCUAUAUUCCAUUAAAUAUCCUUAAGCAAUUAUACUUAGGUUACUUUUAAGAAUAUUCAUUUUAAUUUUGAUAUGUAUCAGUCUCCGUUUUUCAUAACUUUGUUUAACUUAAAGUAUGAAUUGACAUUGGCCUUUGAAACUUGUAUUUUUUCUAUGCCAUAAAGAUCUUCAUGGAACCGUUCUUUAGCAAUAAGAUCUAACAUCCCUUAUGUUCUUUUAUUAGAGAAUUUUACAAUUCAAGACUUUUAUGUUUAAUCAUCUGAGAUAUUUACUUUUCUAUCUUUGGAACAUACUCUUACAAAUUCAAUUUAGGUAAACAACUUGUAAAUUAAAGACUCCUUUUUUUAUAAUUCAACUAUUUUUAAAUUUCAGGCUAAUCAUAGUAACUUGCCUUACAAAUCACGUUUUAAUUUGAUAUCAAUAACGGAUACAAUAUUUCUCUCUUCUAACUUAAUUAUGAGUUAAGGGCUCUUACAUUACACUACUGGAUCAUUAUUAAUAAAGUAAAUUUACAUUUCAAAUGUGCAAAUUAUUGAAAAUUCCUCUUUUUUCCUUAUUUCCCACUUAUCAUCACUGUAGAUUAUUAAUUUAACUUUAUUUAAUUCAUCAAUAGUCUAAAACUCAAAUUUUAUUUCAUCUAAUAUCAUAAAUCUCAAGGAUGGUUUAAUCAACAAUACUUAAAUUAAGAAUAGUAGCUUAAUAAAUAAUCUAGUUGAAUAUUCAAAAUCAGAAUUAGCCUUGUAGUCUAGUUCUAAAGCUUAUAUAGAAAAUAUUCACAUUUUAAACACUCAAUAUGAUGAUCAACAACAAGUAAUAAAAAUAAUAAAAUAUGUUGAAAUAGCUUAAUUAUAAUUAAAUUUAGUUGGGUUUUCUUUUUUGGAUGGUCAACUAACAUCUGAAAUAUUAUAAUAAGAAAUUUCUUACUAUUCCUCUAUUAUGUAUUUUGAGUGUUAACUGUGUUACUUAGAAGGUAUAUAAUUAUUGAGAGCACAUGGAUUGCCUGAGAUGACUUUGCUAUAUUCAGAGUUUUUGGAUAUUAAAAAUUUCAGUGUCUCUUCAAAUUAAAUGUACCUGACUAAAUCUUUGCAUAGUUCAUACGAAUGCACUGAGAAGUUUUCUUACAAAAAUAUGCAUUUUUUCUUAUACAUAGGGUUCUACUAAAUUGUCAAUAUCAAUUCCUUAAUGGUUCAGAUAGCUUGA